AGGCAACUAGCGAUGGUUUUGGUAGUCGACUAGCGAAGAGCAAGCUGGUUUGUCCGUAUUGUUGAUCGUUCAUUAGUGAAGCCAUUUUUGUCCGGGUAGUUUUCUUCUUAGGUACAAUCAUCAUCUUCAUCAUCAUCAUCAUCAUCUGUCUCAUAUGUAUUUGUAUUUCAUCUUCGAUUGUUUGACAAGUAAUUGAAAUAAUUGUGUUGCUCAACAAGAGAAGAAAAGAUGUGAAGCAUUGUCCCCCCGCAUUCUAGUCCUGCACUGUGCAGUGACGCACCUUAUUUAGCAUCCGACAUACGUGCAAUACAAGCUUCGUGACGAGUCAAAAGCGAGUCCUGUUUACGACAGUUGCAACGCGAGGCAUGCUUCAGAGCGGGACGUUGUGAGGAGACUUUGUCGAUUCAGUUGGCCAAGACCAGGCCGAAGCGAGUGGGCGGACAGCGGAAAAGAAGAGAAAGGAGGCACUGGGUACAAGGACACGGAAGGUCUCCUGCGCAAUAACAGACUGCUACUGCGACUUGUUCGUCGAUUUUGUCGGGAAGAUGCCACGUCCUGCUGUGCUGACGUCGCGAUCUCUGCAGUCGUCACGCUGGAGUGCGACUAGCAGCUCGGCAAGCGUCCUGUUCCAGCAAGGCGGGUCUCUCCAUCAUCCGCGAAACAAAGUUUCGUCAUGGCAAAAUUUCGCGCAAACAAGGCACGAAUCGGUGCACGCCGACACGCAGGACCGGUCAAAACAGCCUAUGCUCAAAAAGCGGCUCGUGUCUGACUACAAGAAGAACACUCUAACCCCGCAUCUAGAGUAUCAGAUCACACGGUGCAUAGCCAAGGGGUACGGACCCGACGAAAUCAAUCGGAUUGCUCGCGCCUACACCAUGGUGCCACACAAAAACAAAGGCAUCAUCCGCGAAAUUUCCCGCGUUGUAAGGUUUUUCUUUGUGCUGGUCCGUUUUUGAUGUGCUGCUUGGAAGUUUCCUAGAAGUAGAGCAGAGUGCGAAGAAAACAAUCAUGCUCGCUCUGGUUUUGAUUCAUUUAAGGAAAGGGUUUGUCUCAGUCAAGUCGCGCCUUUUAAGCAGACCAAAUGCCCUAGACGAGGUGUAUUUAUGUGAUCUACUUAGGUGGAGGAUUGAAGUCUCCCUCUUCUUGUCUAGAAAUAGUCCAGGGUCUUCCGCUCACGCUCCGAAUAACAGUUGAAGUGGCGCAUGGUAAUGUUUUCGGGUUUGAACUUAGUGGAAACGAUAUCAACGAUGCACGAGCUUUUACCCGAAGACGAAGAGCUGUUCGAGAUGUUUGGUGAGCGCGUUGUCGAUGUAAUGGACGAGCUAAAUGCCCUGAAUCUCGUAGGCAUUAUAAGGGUUUACAACAAAAUCCAGCACUACGACGUUUUGCAGAUUCUGGUGCCGAGAUUGCAGGUACUUUCUGAUGGAGGUACGUGAAUGCUCUCAGGCAAAAAACGAGAAGGGGAUCGAAGAAUAUUCUACUUCGUCUUUUUACCUUGUUCGUUAUAAUAUCUGUGGAUCUACUUUUGGUUUUGACUCAUGCAUACUCUUUUAGGCGCUUCUUCGAGACUACGAUCCGCAAGAGCUCUCCGAGAUGCUCAUCGCUUUGGCACAAAGUUCUACUGCUGUGCACGAUAUAGACGUUCUCUGUUGCCUGCUCCCCGAAAUUAUGAGGCGUAUCGACGAAGUGCCGCUACAGGUAUCUAUACAUAGAUGUCUUGUACAACUAGUGGUUUCAUAACUGGCACCACUACAGAAGAUAAUGCUGACAUGAUAGGAGGCCACUCGUAAUUUUAACUCUUCGGAGAGAGAGACAGGUCUCAUUUACAAUUCAGAGUAAGAUCGAACCAGGUAAAAUUGACGAACUUGUGGUGCGUGACUAAGAUGAAAAUCAUCCAUGAAGAGCUCGUGAGCGUCGUUAGCAAGGAACUUCAUCGGCCAGAGCUGACGCGAGGUAUGCCAGCAAGGCAGGUGGCUCGUAUUUUGUGGGUCUAUGCGCGCUGCAACGAACUAGAGCGCGUUAUGGCACCUAUGCGCCCGCUUGUGGAAGCAGAACUUCCAAAUUUCACCGCGAAAGAAUUUGCCCGACUAGCCCAAGCCCUCCCGCACCACGAUGAGCUGGAGUACCUAAGCUUGUUGGAGAAAAUAGCUAAUGCAUUAGCUUAUCCGCGUGUGGACCGACAGGGAAAGAAAGUCGUUCCAACGCAAUCUCUGUCCGAAGCAUCGUCCUUUCGCACACCUGCGCAAAUGAGGUCCUCUACUUCUAGUAGUGGGGCUGAAGCAACGAGUGCAGCAUUUUCUUCUUUUUCUUCAAAUACCAGGGUAGAUGCUGUGGACGCUGCCGAGGCAUUACUAGAUAGGAAGAGCAGUGUCGAGGCACCAACAGGUGCAACGUCAACAAGUGCCUCGCCGACUAGUGACUUGUCAGGUGAACAAGAUUCUUUUUCGCGUACCACAAAUGGUGCUUCUACCUUUACUACUACAUCUUCAGCAACUACAGAAGAAAGUUCAUCUUCCUCUAGUACUAGUGCGCCAGCAGCCUCAGCAGCUUCUACUUCCGGAGCAACAACAACAUCUGCUGCAGGUGAGACAUUCGAAGUUCCCGGAAUUCCCGAUAUGGGUAGGAAAGACCUCAUUCUGUUUCUCUAUGGCAUGGCGAAAUGCCGUUUCUUAGAUGCUUCCGAGGUAGCUUCGCUCGACAUGGAUGCGGAACGCGAAAAAGACGCGGCAGAGAGACGGAGGGACCCUCUGUACCAAAUUCUCGAGUAUUUCCACGAGGAACAAGACUUCUUCGAACGGGAUGAGGUAGAGCGGAUAGUCACAACACUUUGGUUUCACGAGGAGUGUCGCGCCUGCAUCGACUUUCUGCCGAAGAGUUGGCAGUCUGUUGUAGAUGAAGUGCUCUUGAUGCUGGAACGCCGCGAGGAGGACAACAGCCAUGAGGAACGGAGGAGACUUGAGGCACCAAAAAUUUUCAGCGGCAAUUCUAGCAGAACUAAGGGUGGAAAAGCAUCAUCAGACCCCUGGUGGAAGAUGUUUAUACCUGGCAGUAAAACAGCAGAAGGUGCAGCAUAAGUGAUCAGAGAAUACGAAUACGUUUUCAGCACUACAUCAUGUAAGACAUUUGACUCUUAUUUAGGAGAAUCUAUCAGUGAGACUACGAUAAUUCAGGAAAUUCCUCAUUUUUGUCGAGUACUACUGCAGCCAGUGCUUUUGUCGUGCCUCUACUAUGUUAGUGUUGAUGCUUGAAGACUCAAUUCAGGCGCUCCUGUUCGUCGUAUGUUGGCAGAACAGUCCUGUUGCACAAGAUUUGAAUACGCAUCUUCGUGUUGGCAGCAACCGCAUUGCCUUUUGCGGCAGAAUGAACAAAUUCAGACUUGCUGUA